CUCCACGCUCCUACACAUAUAAACACAUACACUCGCACACUCGCACCCGCACCCGCACCCGCACCUGCACUCGCACUCGCACCCGCAUCCGCACUCGUAGCACAUCUUGCCGGCUCUGCCCCACCCUCCCUUUAGACGCGCGCAUCCCCACGACCGCAAUGAUGACCGAAGAUCUGGCUGCCCGGCUGGCGAAGAUCCGCGCAGGGCUGACGGACUUCAUGGUGGCGCCCAGCCCGCCUACGCCCCCGCCCGCGCCUCCUCUGCCGCCUUCACUGGCGGAGGAUCUGUCAGCCCGCUUGCAGGCACUUUUGACAGCCGUCUCCAAGCCGGAAGUCCUACGUGGGCUGGCCUUCCUGGCUCUCCUGUUUGUCAUCGCCCUGGCCCUCACGGUCGCGCGAUUCCGCCGAGGACCACCGGGUACCCCCGUCGGUCAAACUCCGACCACCAGCAACAGGCACCCUCCAGUGGCCCCGGGGCCGGCUACCGAGACCCGGGGCCCUGCCGAUUAUCCCCCCUCCACCAGGUCGCCCGGCUCCCUGCAGCUGAAUCUCACGCCCGAGGCGAUGGCCGCCCUCGCAGCGGCACCGACUCGCGCUCCAGCGCAAAACCUGAAUGUCACGCUGAUGGGGCCAGCAGUGGAGGGUCUUCGGUCGCGGCGGCCCCAUGCCACGUCGCCCGAUGCCACCACCGCCACCGCCGCCGCUCCGGCUGCCGCUGCCGGAGAUCCUCCCUCCAGCAAGGGGUGGAAGCCUCUGCGCCAGGUGCUCGGAAAGGGCAGUCGGACCGACCGUGUCUCUGCCAGGGAGGAGCCCAGCGGCGAAGCAUCUGUCAACGGUGGGACAUCCGAUGCAUCGGUGCCGGGCCAUGCCUCUCCCCGAUUUGUCCAGGGCUUGGGUAUUGUGGUGUCCGGACCGAGCCCCUCGCGCCUGAAGGCACACCAGGCCAGCAAGAAGUAGUACCGGCCGCUGCCUGUGCCGCCUCCUGGAGAAGGUGAAAAGCUGCCAGAGAGGGUGGGAGAGAAAAUAGAAAGCCAACCUCCACGCCGGGUGCUACCACGCC